ACAAUCUCGUUCCCAGAACUUCUUUUUUGUUUCUUUGUUUCAUUUUUGAAAUGAACGACCGUUGCAUAUACACAAAAAGCCUUACGUAUUGGUAAGGCCUGGUGGCAAGUUUGACAAACAAACACGAAGGGUUAAAAGUAGUCAAUAAAACAUUCUUUUGUGAGUUUAUUUUAUGUAAACUUAAGUUCUUUUUUGUUGUUGCUAAAUCAACAAGGUUUAAAUUCUGCACCGAUGUUAUCAAAAGUAAAUACCACAUAUUGUGAUUGGUUGCAAAGAAGCUGUAUAAACAGAAAGAUUAUUGUUCUAUUUGUGUCAACCAUUAAGAAGGGUUAGAAAUUAGAAGGAAUAAUUGAUGAUUUUAUUCUUUUUAAUUACCAAGAUAUUUACUCUGCGAUGGAGAGUUUUUAAACAACUUUUUUUGCACGGGUCAAAGAUUUAUUUCUGAUCAACAAGUCGAAGACGGGCGGUCAGAGUUGUACGAAAACCAAUGAAGAUGUUCUUAUAUAUUUUGAGCACGUGUUUACUGCAAAUCAUCUCAGCAAAUACCGUCAUCCAUGGUAAAAUAACUCCCUUCCUUAAUCAAAGCAGCGAAGGUGUUUACAGGUUUAAAGGCUGGGCAAGAGAUGGUCUGUCAUUUCACUCGUACUGGUAUCAAGAUGAUCCUCAACAAAAAUUAGCUCUUGGUAUUGGAAAACGAGGCCAGGAUUUACAGGCGCAUUUUUGGUUUUUUAAAACAAACGCAUACGAACUUGUCCCGAAAGAUGCUACUAAUCAAAGCAAAGGAUACAAAUGUGUGGAAUUUGUGGAUUUUAACUAUACAAUGGAGAUUCAAGGUUACGAUCAUAAUUAUCUGAAAUCCAUGGGAAGGUUUGAAUUAUAUGAGAAGAACGAAACAUUUAAAGCUGAACUCUACAUGGGCACCGCCCUAGAUGGUGUUGGCCCGUUAAGUUGUGUUGCAGUGAUUGACGAAAGAGACGGUACCUACGCGAAACUUUUCACUGUUCAAAACAUUGGAGGUGCCUCCUUCAGCGAGUAUUAUCUGUAUCCACGAAACGACAGUAUCCCUGCUGCCCGCCAUUUUGAUUUGCCGGAUGAGUGCAAAUCAGAAGCCAAGCCUCAAAAAGAAUACUUUUUCAAGAAAUUUAACAUGAAAGGAGAACGAAUUGACAAACCUAAAUGCCCUGAAUGCGAAAAAUGCAAAACAUGCCCUGCGGAGAAAGAUUGCAGUAGUGCAGGUCAUAUUAGGCAGGCUUUUGUUUUCGUUGUCCUACCCUUUUUACUUUCUUUUAUGACAGUUUAAAAUACUUUGACUUUGCGUACACUAUUCACUGGAUUGAGGUUUUUUAUGUAGAGCGUAAUUUGACCUUUUAGCGAAUCUCGUUUUGCAAUUGAUGAGUCACUUCAAAAUAAGAGAAAAAAUUUUAAUUGUUCCUUAUAGUUACAUUUAGAAUUCUUGAGAUUUCAAUUCUUCCCACUUCACUUGUUUCCAUCCAUUGGAUUAGGAAAUCUACAAAAAUUCCUAAUUAUAUAAGUUUUUAUGAGUUUAAUAGCUCGUUAAGUAGAAAUUUGCCUUAAUUAUAAUACCUUUAAUCUCUAUUAUCUUACUGUUUUGUACUUAAAAAAUUUAAAUACAGGUUUAUUUUUGUGUCUUACAAAUGUAUAUUAUUGAUUUUUAUAUUUUGCAAAAACAGCUUUGUAUAAUGAAAUGACAAUGAGUCACCUUCUAAAAAUCCUUCAUAAUAUGAUAAUCAGAAGAACCUCGAAAACCCAACCUCGUUCUCAGAGUAUUUUGCUUUGCCUUUUCCAUGAUUUUUGAAAUAUUUUGUUUAAUCUUCUAUUAACUUUAAACAUCAUAUAGCAUAAUAAAGAUACCCAUUUUUAUUAAUAGAUAUUUAAAAUUAAAGGUAAUAUUUGUUAGUUGAAUUUCCACAUCUUUGAAAUGUUGUAGCUAUGUUCUCAUAAGACAUGCCCAAUAUAUCGAUUUCGCUUCUACGAAUAGACAGGAGAGAAAAAUUGUUUGUUUUUUUUUGAUAAAAAUAGAGGCAUUAAGAUGCAAAAUAAUA